CGGGCGCCGGUUCGCGCGGCGCGCAGCUCCCGGCGGAAUCAACCGCGCUGCGGGGCGAGCAGUGGCUGCCCUCAGCUGGUGGAGGCGCCCGGUGCCUCUGCGGCCGAGUACCACUGCGAGGAGGGCGGGCGAGGUGCACCCGGCUGCUUUCCGCGGUCCUGCCGGAGGUGGUGGAAUGUCUCCCCGGGAUGGCUGGCAGGGAGCCGGGGCCGUCAUGUUAAGGACAGGCUCUGUGAAGUGUUAGGGGGAAUCGUAGGCACGGUUACUUAAAUACUGCCCCGGUAACUUCGUGCACGGGCCAAGGGCUCGGGGAUUACUGGCACAGACCCCACCAUUAGAAUUUCCGAUCCAUCCAUUCCGAGCUGGGGAUUGGGUCCUGAUACAGACGUGGAAAGAGUCAAAGCUACAACCUGAGUGGGAGGGACCGUUUCAAGUGCUCCUGACUACCAAGAGGGCAGUAUGAACAGCUGAGAAGGGCUGGACUCAUUACACUUGAGUAAAAGCAUCUGUCGACCCUGAGACCUGGGAGACUGUUUCCACAGGGGAUCUGUUAAGAUGAAAAUCAUAAGGAAGGUGUAAAACUGUAAUUGUAAACUAAUCUUUAAUUUCUCCUUAGGAAAAUCAAUGAAUAUUACAUGUGAUUGACAGAGCGGGUUAGAUUAUAUGGAAUUAGUGCUUACUGAUAGGGAUUUGGAAACUGAAAUUUUAAAUUUAGUGGGAGCUGUUUAUAAUGCGACCAAUAUUCUUCUGGAUAACCAUUCCCUACGCCCUUGGUUCUGAGGGAGGUUUUGACUCUCUAAGAGAUAACCGAAAAUGGGAAAACGAAUUUGUGACUUUAGGUUAUUCCGUGGCCCAUAUAUUUAACCUUACCAAUUGCUGGGUAUGUGGAGGGCCAUUUGGCCUAGAAAGCUGGCCAUGGACCUCUGUCCCCAUUUCUCCUGAAUGGCUGGUGAGCAAUUACAGUGAAAUUGAAAAUGAUACCUACUGGGAGGAAGACACCUCACCACCGUGGCCAGUACGAUAUCCAGCUCAGGGCCAAUAUUGUCUGAAUCGAACUCAGAAAGAUGGUGUCCCUGUGGGAGUCAGUAAAUGCAAUUGGACUUAUACGUAUGGAAACCACUGCCUUACUGAUAGUUGUAUGCCACUUAAUUGCUCACAAUCCAAGAAUAAGCCAAUAGCUUGUGGAAACUCCACUAAUGAAUCUUUUGUACCUCGUCAACUAGGAUGGGCUUGGAUAAAUGAAACCGGACACCGAAAACACUUUUUUGGCUUUUGGUCCCCUGUCAAUCAAUCGGAAAUUAUUUAUUAUAAUAAUACUGAUACACCUUAUGAGGGAGUAACGAUAACCUGGGGAAUCCUUCCCACCGAAGGUGACGACAGUAAAUGUUCUGGAACACUCACCAUUCUGCCAAACGGGCAAACGUUGUGUUGGAGCCUUCACACCAGGUACAGACGAGAUCUCUUUGAUGAUUACAAUUUGAUUUAUAAUGCUAGUGCUCGGUGUAACUGGAGGAAAGAUUUCGGCUCCUGGUUUUGUAGCCCCGAUGGACAUGAGAGCUGGGAACCCUAUCAUCCUCUGGGAACAAGUAAUACUACUUACUUCCAAACCCCUUGGACUUCCACAGGCCUGUUUGAACAUGGUACUCGAGCCUUAAAGGGCCAUUACUGGGUGUGUGGUCAGUAUGCAUAUAAAAUAUUACCAGCAAAUUGGUCAGGUAUUUGUUAUGUUGGGAUAAUCCGUCCAUUGUUCUUCUUACUCCCUGGACCGGUAGGUGGGGAGUUGGGGGUGAGGCUCUACGAUAACCUGAGAAGAUCAAAACGAUCCCUUGAUCAAUCCAUAACAGCUGGGGGUGGUCAGACCUGGGGCGAAAAUGAAUGGCCCCCAGAGCGGAUUAUACAACAUUAUGGGCCAGCUACCUGGAAUCCUAAUGGACCUAUAAGUGGGGCUAGAGAACCCAUUUAUAAUUUAAAUCGGAUUAUUCGAUUACAGGCUGUCUUGGAAAUCGUUACUAAUCAAACGGCAAAAGCCCUUGACCUAUUGGCUGACCAGGCCACUCAGAUGCGAACUGCAAUAUUACAGCAGCGCAUGGUUCUUGACUAUCUGUUAGCUGAAGAAGGGGGAGUGUGUGGGAAAUUGAACAACUCUAACUGUUGUCUUAAGAUUGAUAAUAAUGGACAGGUGGUGAAGGAAAUCACUACUAGAAUCCGAAAACUUGCAGAUAUUCCAGCACAGACUGGGAAAGGAGGGAAUCUUGAGUUUGCUUUAUGGUCUUGGGUUCCAGGACCUAAGUGGGUGAAACAAUUACUAUUUUAUUUCCUAUGUGGAACUAUUGUGUUGAUGACACUUCCUUGUUUAAUACCCUGUAUAGUCAAAUUUCUACAGAAAACAGUACAGGAUACGUUACAGUCUAUGAAUGCGGUCACAGUCACCACUGGGCAAGAGGAGAAAAUACUAUUUCUGACACAGGAUCCAGCCCUUGAGUUUGAAGUUGUCUAGUGAGAAUUAUGGAAUAUGGAAAUGCAAAAACAACAAUAAAAGUAAGAAAAAAAGGGGGGAUUUGUGAGAAGUACAAGUAUAAGUUGUGUUUUUGCAGUGGAAAUUUCUACCAGAAUUGCUCAAGUUGAAGCAGCUACACACAUUUGAAAUAAGAAAACAAACGUAAGUGUAAAGAAGGGGGAAAUCGGUACUGGAAAAUUCCACUAUUCAAAAGGCUACAAAGGCAAAGUUGCUUAACUGAAGUGGUGGCAUAAGAUUAAAAUGCUAAAGCAGAUGGUUCUGUAAUGGAUAUGUUUGAGCAAGAUGACAGUCAGCAAGAACGCACAAUAAGGUAAUUAAAAAAAAAAAAAGAAAUUAAGGAGUUGGUCAAACAAAGUCGUACAUAUGGGGCAUAGAAACAAGCAUCAGGUGGGUUGUGAAUCUGAAAUACUCAGCCAAUGAGGAAACGGGAGGAUCUUAGUGUUGGGAUAUCGAGGAUAUAAGGCUAUGAUGUAUUUCCUCUGCACGCUUCUGCUUGCAGAACGCCUGUGAUCGUGAAUAAAUCUACUUCAUUA